UAUCGCUCAUUGAAACAAAUCAGCUGAGUACGCGCGUAAAUACUCCAAAUAUUUGUGAUGCUGGAAUGAAAACAAAAAAUUAUAUCAAUUAAAAACAUAUUAAGUUAAUCUCAGUAAAGAAAUGUCUGAAAAAGAAUCUGCUAAUGGUGCAAUCUCGUCGCAAUCUGUUGAAUGCACCCGAUUACGUGAAUUUAAAAACUAUCUUCGUGAGUUAGUGCGGGACAGAGUAAAUAAUGCAACAAAUGCUGGUGAAGCUACUCGUCCUUGCAUUUCGCGCAGCAGCAACGAAACAUACCCAGUGUGUUCUCAGGAAGUGUCCGCUGAAAUAAUUAUGACUGUAUGGAAUCAUCUUCAGUUGAAGCGAUGUCCACGAUAUUUUCAAAUAUCCAUUCUACGAGUCGUCGUUGCAGAAGUUGAACAGGGAUUUUCAAAGGCUAAGGAAUGUGAGUUCACUGUGAAAGGCAUAAACGAAUCCAAUACGCCAGCAGAUAAUGAAAUGGUUUAUGAUUUGGUAAAAUUACAAAAGUAUAUAGUAAAUAAUUUGGAAAAAUUGCUAACACGUUUGAGCGAUAAUUCUGAAGUAGGCAACAUACCGAAUUAUGCAGAUUCAGGAGAUUUGUGCCUGGAUGGAACUAAAUGUAACUGCAAUACGAAGGUGUCACCAGUAGCUUACACAACUGGUCAUAUCAAAAAUAAACCACGCAAAAUGGAAGAUCGCCACACUUGUUUGGAACGCUUUAGUGAAUUAUAUAAACUAAAAUCGACAUACAGUUUUUAUGGUGUUUUCGAUGGUCAUUCAGGUCCAUUGGCAGCAAGUUACGCUGCAAGCCAAAUACCAUACCUUCUAGCUGAAAGUGUGCGAUCCAUAGGCAAUGAUCUGAAUGAUGUUAAAGCGUAUAGGGAAGCUUUUGAACAUUCUUUUCUACAGACGGAUAAAAUGUUCUCUCGAAAAGGUAUUUCCAGUGGAACGACGGCCGUUUGUGUACUUCUAGCGCAACAGACUCCACCGUCUUACGGGCAUUUAUAUGUUGCAUGGGUAGGGGAUUCAAAGGCAUUACUUGUUAGCCCAACGGUAAGUUUACAAUUAGUUAAAUCACAUAAACCAGAUGCGCCAGAUGAACGUAAACGAAUUGAAAUGGCAGAGGGUGGUGGUACUGUACUGUAUGUUCAAGGACAAUGGCGUGUAAAUGGCAUUUUAAAUGUAUCUCGCUCCAUUGGCGAUUAUUCAGUGGCUCCAGCAAUUGCAGAACCCGAUUUUGUGGACGUUUCUCUAACGGCGGCGCACGAUUUUAUCGUUUUGGGUACGGACGGAUUAUUCGAUCAUGUGCCCGAAAAUAAAAUAGUGGAUACUAUUUAUAAACUAUUGGCCGAUACUGAGCAAAAGAUUGAAAACAUUCCAAAAAUUCUUAUAGAAUUAGCAAAAGAUGGAGACUCGCAAGACAAUAUUACUGUUGUUAUUAUCUUUUUAAAAAAUCGACUCGAUAUUGUUCAAAAUUUCAAAAAAUAUUAAAGUAUUAAAACAACAAAUUACUGCAAGUAUAGAUGCUAGCAAAGUUUUAGGGAUAUCAAUUACAGCGAAUCUACAAAUACAUACAUAUAUGUAUAUUGAAAAAUAUAGAGUACAUUUGUGCAUACGUACAUAUCAUUACCUUAAUAUGCAAAGUUCUUAAAUGACUUUCUUUGACCUCCAAUAACUCUUCGAAAUAUUUUAAAAUGCUAAAUAUUAACUAUGCUAUGUAUUUCUGACCUACAAAAUUCCUUUUGGAUGACUUGGCAAAUGCAAAAUUUUACAAAUAUGUAUACUGUUAUAGUUUAUGGAACUUUUACCAUAUUAAGGUAAUGAUUUAUAUACGUACAUAUAUAUAAUAGUUACCACACUUAGCAGAUUUUAUUUUUACACGAAAGCAUCCUCAAUUGCAAACGAAAAAGUGCUUUAACCCUUAGAACAUUUACCAUACUUUUUUUUUUGUAAAUAGACUUUUUAUAUGCUUUCAAAUGCUACUUAUCGCAAUGUUGAAUAUUUGUGCCUGCAGCACACUUGUGCGAAUUUGCAAUGUUUUCAGUGCUCAACAGACGAUCAUUUUAGCGAAUGCGUUCGAGAAAAGUUCAAAUUUUUAUGAAAACAAGUUUAUAUUUACACAAAUAAGUACAUAUAUAUAAAAAUUCGGCGAUGUAAUUUUAAUACAGACGCACGUUUAAACAAAAUAAUAAACCAUAUAUUUAUAUUUAAGCAAACUUAAAUUAUUAGCUUAUUACAUACAUAUAAAAAAACAGAAUUUUGAAAAGUUUCAAAUAUUAUUUAAACGUUAUUGUUAACAGAUUAGAUUACUUACUACCUAAUCGUACUUGUAUGUCUGUGUGUUAAGUGCACAUUUUAUCGCUUAUUACAAUGGCUAAAUGUUUGUUGUUUAUUGAAGUUUUCUGUUUACUAAAUCAAUAUUUGUUUUAAUAGUGUUCGUAGUAAAUUGUUUUGUGUUUUCAAUCAAAGUAAAUAAUAAACAAAUAAUCCAGAUUUCGCCCACUUCAAUUAUGUACCUACACAAAAUUAGCUUAAGAAUAUUUUAAUAUUUUUACCACAAUAUAUAAAUACAAAUAAAAUGAAUAUUAAAAAAUUUCA